AUGCGACGAUCAGCAAGGGCAAAAGAUUGGUCAUUAACAUCAGAUUAUGAAAUAAAACUAUUGCUCAACGGUGAUACAUUAACACGUACUCAAGAAAUAUCAACUUGUGAAACUUUACUAUAUGAAUUGAUCAAUUUGAAGGAAGAAUUCGAUGAUAAUGAACAAGCUUUAUCAUUCGACUUUACUACUAAAACUGGUCUUUCUUUUGAAGUUAUUUUUGAAAUAACAAAAUAUCUUUCAUUAAAUGAUGCAAUGAAUGCAUUUCCCGAUAAUAUUCUUUCUUUAGUACAUAAAUUUGAAGCAAAAGUACAUAUUUCUGAAUCUUCUUAUACAUUUAUCAAUAUGAUUAUUCAAAAAAUUAAAUUUGAACAAAUUACUUCCUUACAUCUUAAUGAUUUAUCAUUUUCAAAAAUGAAAGAAUUAAAUUCGUCAAUUAUUUUUAUAAAUGUUAUCUCAUUAACUCUUCUUAAUUAUCAAUUGAUGAAUUCAAUUAAAGAAUACAAAGUAUAUUUUCCUAAUUUAAUUCGUCUUUGUCUUUGGUAUGACAAUCAAGUUAAUUUUAAUAUAAUUAAUGAAAUCAGUUCUCAACUUUGGAGUUCAAUUAAACGAUUCGAAAUUCAUUGUGCUGGACCACUUUGUAAACAUUAUGAUAUCAAUGAACUCAAUAUGAGAUAUCUUAGAAAUUAUACAAUAGAAUAUUUUCUACUUGAUGUUAGACAUUUUCCUUUGUCUUCAUUGCAUCAAUGCUGGAAAUUUCAAGAAUUAUGUUUUUUAAUGGUAACGAUUGAUUUUAUCAGAAAAAUUCACAAUGUUCGAUAUGUUCAUCUCAUCAUUAUUAAUGAAUACAAUCUCAAGAAAUUACUAAAUGCAAAUGAAUGGACAAAAUUAGCAAAUAUAUGUCAUCAAUUGAAGAAAAUAACGUUACAAGUAAUGGAAACUAUAUCAGAAGAUCAACAAUUAACAGAGGAAAUAAUUGAAAUUCAAAGAAAAUUGUAUAAUAUUAGAAAAACAAUCAAAUUUCAAGUUAUAUGCAAGUGA